UUUUUGUGAUAUUUCUAAUGCAUCAACCAGUGAGAAAUCAUUAACCACCUUUCAGACUUAAUUUGAAGCAAACUGUACAUCAUGGAUAACCACUUUGAUAGUAACACGUCAUUUCUUUUGUGUCUUUUCACAUGAAGGCAGGAGAGGAUAUAGUGCAAGGGUGUCAAGUUCAUUUGGUCCCAUGGGCUCGAUCCAAACUGGGGACUGAAUGACCCACAAGUGGUUGUGUUAUUCCCCUGGCCUGCCAGAGGCCACUGUUUCAGCCUGGCUCCAGGACCCACGAAGUUCACGCUGCUGAUGAUCACCUCCCUUUUCUCCUACUGCUAAUUGUAGUCACCAGGGAUGACUGAGAACCCUAAUUUUGGUGGCAGGGGAGGGGGAGACCAGUGGUGUCAACUCCCUGGGUUCCAGAGCUGCACUGGUUAACCCCGCCACAGCCACAGCACUAAGCGCUGUGGGCCAGUCCAGCCUGAGAGCUGUGUUUGACACCCCUGGGGUAGUGGAAAAGAACUGUGUAACAACAGCCUUUUAUGGAAGUCUGGUAGCAGGCCUCUCUGUCUUGUGCUGCUGCCACAGCAGCUUGCACACUUGUAGAGAUCCAUGUCAUUUCUACAUAUUAAUAGUAGUGGUGCUAGACAGCAACAGGUACUCCCUCCAGUCGAGAUCCCCUCUGCAGUACCCUCCUUGUCUCUCCCUCCUGCCUUACAAGCCAAGUUGGGAGAGUUACAGUCAUUACCUCCCUUAUUAAUUGGUCUAAUAAAAGAUAUGGGAUUUACCCAUUACAUCCCAUACAUCCGUAGCAUUCAUGCCUCUUUGCUCUCACCAGCGUCCACCUCGCUGGCUCCGUGCAGUGCCCGGGUAGAAAGGCGUCUAUUCCCCGGUGCCGUCUGCUCUCUGUCGGAGCAGUCCCCGCGGGCUGUGCGGGCCGCGGUUUCGAUUCCCAUAGAGAGAACGCUGUGCACCGAAGGCGAGAGACUCUUGCCGUGACGUCACAGGAGGGGGCGGUCCCGAUUGGAGCAGAGGGCAGGCGGUGCCCCGAAGGCGGCGCCCGGUUGGCUGCAGCCGGGGGUGGCUUUUCUUCGUCGCCGCGUUCUGUAAAUAGCGCUGGGGGCAGCGCCGCUGCCCUUACAUAACCGGCCCUGGCCCCGGCCCCGCGCCCGCACCCUCGCAGUUAUCAGGUUUUAUCAUGCUCCGAGCAUUUAGACAUACAAAUGGUAAGUUUGGGCACCAUCACCUACAGAGCCGGGAUCAUCAUAAAUCUGUGCUGGCAAUCAGGAGGGAAGAUGUUAAUGUUUGGGAAAGAAGAGCACCUCUAGCACCAAAGCACGUUAAAGAACUAACACGUUUGGGAUACAAAGUCUUAGUACAGCCAUCAAAUCGGCGAGCCAUCCAUGAAAAGGAUUAUGUCAAAGCAGGUGGCAUUAUUCAGGAAGAUAUUUCUAAGGCUUCUCUAAUUGUGGGAGUGAAGAGACCUCCAGAGGAUAAAUUAAUCCCUAAAAAAAACUAUGCAUUCUUCUCGCACACUAUUAAAGCCCAGGAGGCGAAUAUGUCUCUUCUGGAUGAGAUUCUGAGACAGGAAAUUCGACUGAUUGAUUAUGAAAAAAUGGUUGAUCAUAGAGGGGUGCGAGUUGUAGCCUUUGGAAAGUGGGCUGGUGUGGCAGGAAUGAUCAAUAUUUUACAUGGAAUGGGAUUACGAUUUCUUGCCUUGGGACAUCAUACUCCUUUCAUGCACAUUGGGAUGGCCCAUAACUACAGGAACAGCAACCAGGCUGUGCAGGCAGUGCGGGAUGCUGGCUAUGAGAUUUCUCUGGGUUUGAUGCCAAAGUCUCUUGGACCCUUGACGUUUGUGUUUACAGGAACUGGGAACGUCUCUAAGGGUGCCCAAGAAAUGUUCAAUGCACUCCCUUGUGAGUUUGUGGAGCCACAUGAGCUGAAGGAAGUUUCUAAAUCUGGAGACCUUAGGAAAGUAUAUGGGACGGUGCUAAGUCGUCACCAUCAUCUUGUAAGGAAGAGUGAUGGAGUGUAUGACCCAGCAGAAUAUGAGAAACACCCAGAACUCUACACUUCUCGUUUUAACAUUGAUAUUGCACCCUACACUACUUGCUUAAUUAAUGGAAUAUACUGGGAGCAAGAUACUCCUCGCUUGUUAAGCCGACAGGAUGCACAAAAGCUGCUAGCUCCACAUAAAUUUCCUUCUCUUGCAAUUGAGGGUUGCCCUGAAUUACCACACAAACUUUUGGCAAUAUGUGACAUUUCAGCAGACACAGGAGGAUCUAUAGAAUUUAUGACUGAGUGUACAACAAUCAACAAUCCAUUUUGUAUAUAUGAUGCUGACCAGCAUAUUAUUCAUGACAGUGUUGAAGGCUUUGGAAUUCUGAUGUGUUCCAUUGACAACCUCCCAGCACAGCUUCCCAUAGAAUCAACAGAAUAUUUUGGAGACAUGCUUUUCCCUUAUAUUGAAGAGAUGCUAUUAUCUGAAGGCUCUGAGCCUCUUGAAAGCCAGAACUAUUCACCUGUUGUUCGAGAUGCAGUGAUUGCAUCCAACGGUUCAUUGACUCCUAAGUAUAAGUAUAUCCAGAAACUGAGGGAGAGCAGGGAAUAUGCUCAGUCACUGACCAUGGAUAAGAAGAAAAAGGUCUUGUUACUUGGAGCUGGCUAUGUUUCUGGCCCUGUGAUAGAAUACCUCACUAGAGAUCCCAACAUUCAAAUCACAGCAGUUUCUCCGCUGACCCUUUAUCCCACAACAGCAUCUUUUAUGAAGGAACAACUUGAACAGCUGACCAAGAAACACAGCAAUGUCACUUCUGUAAUUAUGGAUGUUAUUAAACAUGAGGAUAAACUUUCCACCUUGGUGAAGAAGCAUGACCUCGUAAUCAGCUUGCUGCCUUAUUCAGCACAUCCUUUAGUUGCUAAGAAAUGCAUUGAUAGUAAAGUAAACCUGGUAACAGCUAGCUACCUAACACCAGCUAUGAAAGAACUCCAAGAAAGCGUAGAAGCUGCUGGUAUUACAGUUAUCAGUGAAAUGGGUUUGGAUCCUGGCCUUGAUCAUAUGUUGGCAAUGGAAUGUAUUGAUAAGGCAAAAGAAGUAGGCGCUACGGUUGUCUCCUACACUUCUUUCUGUGGUGGCCUGCCAGCUCCUGAAUAUUCUGACAACCCUCUGAGAUACAAAUUCAGCUGGAGUCCACAGGGUGUCUUGUUGAAUACAGUUCAACCUGCUGUAUAUUUAAAAAAUGGAGAGGUGAUUAAUAUUCCAGCUGGAGGAGCUUUGCUGGAUUCUGUUAUUCCCAUGGACUUUUUCCCAGGAUUAAAUUUGGAAGGUUUUCCCAACAGGGACAGUACAAAAUAUGCUGAACCAUAUGGUAUUCAGUCAGCUCACACUUUAUUGAGAGGCACCUUAAGAUACAAGGGAUAUUCUAAAGCUAUGGGAGGCUUUGUAAGACUGGGAUUAGUAAACUCAGAUCCUUAUCCUUUGGUGAGUGCAACUGCACCAUCUAUAACCUGGAAAGGGUUGAUGUGCCAGCUUCUUGGACUUAAACCAUCUGUCAAAUCCAGCAGUCUUAAAGAAGCCGUCUACAAUAAGCUGGGAAAGGACAACAGUCAGCUGGAGGCAGUGGAAUGGUUAGGAUUACUUGGAGAUGAGCCAGUUCCUAUAGCUGACUCCAUUGUAGGGGCACUUGCAAAGCACAUGGAGAGAAAGUUGCCCUUUGGUGCUGGAGAGCGAGAUAUGAUUGUUGUGAGAAAUGAAAUAGGUCUUAGGCAUCCAUCUGGACAUUUUGAAGACAAAUUAAUUGAUCUGGUGGUGUAUGGUGAUGAUAAAGGAUAUUCUGCAAUGGCUAAAACUGUGGGGUAUCCCACUGCUAUUGCUGCUAAAAUGGUUCUGAAUGGUGAAAUUGAUGCCAAGGGCAUGGUAAUUCCAUUAACGAAGAACAUCUAUGGACCAGUACUUGAGCGUAUUAGAUCAGAAGGCAUUGUAUAUAGAACCCAAAGCGUUAUCAGACAAUAACUGAAUAUAACAGAUUGACCUUGAUUUUAUUUUUGUAAAGGAUUCAAUUUGGCCUUCAGUUAUGGGCCCAUUAAUGGUUGUGCCUACAGUCCAAGACACAAAUGAUGCCAUUUAUAAAACUACCUAUCUGAUUCUGCUGAGCACCUUCUAAGUAGUUGGAUGCGUAAAUUAUAUCAUUUUUUGCUUUUUGCCUAUUAGGGCUAGUUAAUGUUUUUUUUUUAAAAACAACACGCAUCAUAAAGUGCCAAAAAUCAUUUGACAUCAACAUACAUAACAAGGAACUAUUAUGCAGUAUGAUACUUACUAACAUUUUAUUGCCAUUAAGCACUUUGCUAAUUAAUUAAAUACCUGAGGACGGUUUUGUGUUUAAACAUAAAGCAUAUGCUUAGAACACGGGAGUUUUGUUACCAAAAGGACAGACCUCAAUUGAAAGGAAAACAUAGUGUGUAUUGUCUUAUAAGCCUAUUCAUAAGACAAGAAAAAGUCUAGUUAAGGAGUUCCAGUAAGUAAUUUAUUAUGCUUAAUCAUUCUCCUCAUCUAAAUCAUUUAUAUUUGUGUAUCAAAGUAAUAACCAGAUGCAAACCUCCAUAUAUUUAAAUAUACAUCUUAUUAAAAGAGAAUGUUGAUGUAAAGAAAAUAGGCAACAAUAUUUUUGUACGUUUCAAGGCAGUAUGAUAGAUGCACCAUAUUUUCCUGCAUAUAACAUGCCCUAAACUAUAAUACACACCAUGUUUUUGAAAGGGAGAAUGAAUUAAAAAACAGCUCCAGAGUUAUGGCUGCAUGAACAGGGACAUAUAAUUUUAAUCUGAUUUACCCUCCUGUUCCUGCUUAGGCUGUGAAAUAGGAGGAGAGAGAUCAGGAGCAGCUGACAGACAGCAAAAUUUCCCUAAGAAAGUUUAGCUUGAUUAGUGGAACAUCAAGACCAUUAAAAAGGAGAGACAUCAUUAAUACUUAUGGAGUGGAGAACAGUAAACCAUUAAGUCAAUUUAUUCCUUCAGCUGCCUGAACACUAAUACCACAGCUGCUGCACUCUUGAGAAGCAGAGGUCUUCUCUCCUAGGCAGAAAAAUUGGCUUCCCUGCUUAAUACAUGCACUCCAGUGUUAGGGGCUGAUUUUGGUGGAGGUGUGUAUGUUGUAUGUGAGAAAUUAUGUAAUAGCUUUAGAUGUAUUCGUGCACUUGUAAAUCAAUUCCUGUGUAAUUUUGAAAUGCCUUUAUUUUAAGCUGAAAAUGUUUUUGUAUCUGCCAAAUGUCUCUCUCUGGACCUGGAAUCAGUGUAACAGUUAGUUGGGAAAGGUUUUUAACCCCCACCUCCCCCAACAAAAAGCCACUCCCCCCCCCUCCCCCGCCAAAAAAAACCCAACCCAAACAAACAAAAAACCCAAACAAACCAACCAAAACCAGUGUUUCCACUUGCAGAAUGGAAGGCUGUUCUGAUAUGUUGAAAUACUAGCAAGUAUAUUUUGCUUUUUAUUUUUAGAGCUCAGUGGCAUUUAGUUCUACUUUUGGGGUCAGCGAGAGCAUUUGGGAUGUAAAUAUAAAGCUGCCAGAAAUAUCACUUGGAAAAGCUCCUGUGUGUGUUUACUAUAGAUUACUUUUUCCACUUCAGUGGGCCUGAAAGUUUUAAAAUAUACAGGCAGUGUGGUAUAAGGACCUCAAGAUACUGCAGGCCUAGAGGUUUAAAUCCAGGACAUACUGAUUUGUUAUUCUGGUCUUAGAUUUAUCUUCUCUUUCCUCUCAUUGUCCCAUCACUUAAAACCUUUUGAAAAUAUCCAUCCAGGACAUUAGUCAGGUAGUUCUCCCACUGGCCUCAGGAGCGAGGGACAGAAAUUACACAUAAGCCAAAUAAGUAAUUGAAAACCAGUUCAAAUCUGUAACACAACAGAAGUUCAGUGCACAUAACUGCUUUCAAAAUGGCCAAAACUGUUUUAAGAUAAACCUGGAGGGAUGUAUCAGACUUAAUUGAUAAAUAAUUUAUUCAACUUCUGUCCCAGAUCCCCUCCAGAUUCAAAUCAACUCUCAGUCCCCCAGCAUCCCAGGAUAUGUUGCACCUUUCCUGCAAACCUCCCUCUCCGGGUGGGUUGGUCCAAGCUGUCUGCUUCAGCCAAGCAGGGAGGCAUGCUCUAGCAUCCCCUGGGAUCAGACCUAUGCCAUUGCAGGCAUGUGGCUGCAUUUCUGGAAUCAAAACUAAAUGAGUGUCUGUUCACAUGCUUAUUUGUUCAAUCUACAGUUUAUACCAAGGGUGGGCAAUUAUUUUGGGCAGAGGGCCACUUACUGAGUUUUGGCAAGCCAUCGAGGGUCACAUGAUGGGCAGCCCAGGGCAGCUAAAUAUGAAUUUACUACAUUUUUUAGGGGCCCUGCA